AUGAACGAGCAUUGCCCAGCGCAGCCGCAUCCCGAGGCUGAGAGGAGGGCGGUCUUGGACGGGAACCCUGGCUGGCAGCACUCAGAGAGCAUGCAGCGCCUCCUUUGUGUUGGGGUUGGGCUGAUCUGUGCGUCAAUGGUCUUCAGCACGCUGAUGGUAUGGCGGACUUUGUUCGAGUUGAGCUGGGGCCCCUUUAAGGCAAGUCUUUUAAGUCUGGAAGGCUCUUCUAUUCCACUUGCAAGCGUUUCGAUCACUCUCGCGGUUGCAUCCAUAGUCGAUGCGGCCUUGGCCGCAAGGUGGACAAGACCAGGCUCGAAAGAGCACAUCACUCCACUCACUCCUCGACUCUGUGCGAUCCUCGUCAUCGGUUUCCUGCUAGCAGGAGCCAUAAGUGUUCCCCCCUUGUGUCGAGCUGCGUUGAAGGACAUGAUGAACUCAGACUCAAUGAUCAUCGGAGGCGUUGGGUCACCUCAGGGACUCUCCCCGAACCUCUUGUGGAAGCGUGCUGGACAGAACGAGAGCGCUGAGCUGAAUUUGUCAAGCCUCAGCAGCUCAAACUCAUCAUGUCUGUCCGAGGAGAAGUGA